AUGGGUUCUACAUCGACCUUUCCCCGCAUCAAAGAGAUUCGCACUUUCAUCAUUGAUGGAGUGGGAUCCGGCGGUGAUUACCACAAUGUCAAAGGAGGCCACUGGCUAGUUGACAGCAAUAUCUCCAACCCCAUGACUAGGUGGGCACAGUAUCGAGGCUCGCGUACAUCGUGGGGGAUCAAUGUCCUUGGGUCGUUUUGUGUCGAAGUAGAGGCAACAGAUGGAACUAAAGGUUUUGCGACGGGAUUUGGCGGUCCCCCGGCCUGCUGGGUGGUGCAACAUCACUUUGAGCGGUUCUUAGUUGGUGCAGAUCCUAGGGAUGUGAGCGAUCUCUUCGAGAAGAUGUACCGGGCUUCGAUGUUCUAUGGGAGAAAGGGCCUUCCAGUUGCCGUCAUCUCCGUGAUUGACCUGGCUCUCUGGGAUCUCGUGGGCAAGAUCCGUAACGAGCCCGUCUACAAGCUUAUCGGUGGGGCAACCCGAUCGCGUCUGGAUUUCUACUGCACUGGCCCUCAGCCGGCAUCCGCCAAAGCGAUGGGCUUUUCCGGAGCCAAGGUGGCCCUGCCCCAUGGUCCAGAUGAGGGAACGAAAGGACUCCUGGAGAACAUCGCAUACCUGCGCAAGCAGCGGGAGAGUGUCGGUCCUGGUUUCCCCUUGCGAGUUGACUGCUAUAUGUCAUUGAAUGUCUCCUACACCAUCGAGCUGGUCAAACGUUGCGAGGCGGAAGGACUGAAUAUUGACUGGUGGGAAGAAUGCCUCAGCCCCGACGACUUUGACGGUCACGCACUUCUUAAGAGAGCGCAUCCCACUGUGAAGUUCACCACCGGAGAGCACGAAUACUCCCGCUUUGGCUUCCGGAAACUCGUUGAGGGUCGCAAUCUGGAUAUCCUCCAGCCUGACGUCAUGUGGGUGGGUGGCUUAACAGAAUUGCUCAAGGUCUCUGCGCUUGCUGCAGCGUACGAUCUCCCUGUCGUUCCUCACGCGUCCGGGCCUUACUCGUACCAUUUCGUGGUCUCCCAGCCCAAUACCCCAUUCCAGGAGUAUUUGGCCAAUUCGGCGGAUGGAAAGACGGUGGAACCGGUCUUUGGAAACCUAUUCCUGAACGAACCCAUACCCACGCAAGGGUAUCUCGAUGUCGCCAUCCUUGACAGGCCAGGAUUUGGCUUGGAUCUUAACCCAGCUGCUCCCUUGAUCCCGGCUGCAUCCAUCCUUACUCCUGCUCCCCAGCGGAGCCUGGCUGCACCGGUAGAACAGGAACUGGGAUCGAAUGGGUUUACUUAUUAA